AUGACGUCUCGGCAACCAACUCGGCGACUUGUGGAUGUGCUAAAGCAGAACAGCAGGAAGGCGCUCGACCGCCACGCGGCGCAGUUGGCUGCGGCAGCGUCAUCGCUUCCUGCUGAGGCCAUUCAGACACGAUUUCUGCGCAACCAGUUCCUCAUCAACCCCAAAUCUUUGCAGCUACUGUCGACAGAAGAACAGCUCACGCGGUGGCACGUUUUCGGGGUGUACAAGCCUCCAUUCUGCCCCAUGCGCCGCGCUGAGGCAGCGGACAACUACCACAACGUCUCCGUUGAGUCGUUCGUGGAGUCCGCACUUCAGUCGAAGAACAUCUACCCGGUGCUAAAGCGUGUCUUGAAGCCGUCCGAGGUGCGCGUGCGUGUCCUAUACAACCUUGACGGCUUUGCCUCAGGUCCAGUGCUCGUCAGCGUCUCCGAUGCCCACCGCUACGCAACGUCGCUGCAGACGACAAGGAUGGAGUACGAUCUACUCGUUGGUGGGCAUCUCCCGGUGCACGGCACUGGUAAUCACACUGUCAUCGACGUGGCGCAGCUCUUCCCUGGCGCCUCCGUACCUUUGCCCAGCAGCGACGUUGGCGUAGACACGGAAGAGGCAUCUGCCGUUGUACCCCAAGCCCACUACGAGGUGAAAGAGAACGGAUACUACAGCGUGCACCCAGUGUCGCUGCUACAUAUCGUGAUUCGGAGCCCGCCAACGUCGCAGCCGCCGAUGCUGGAACGCUUCGCGCGGGAGCAGCUUGGUACCAGUGUCAUAGGUGACCCGCUGGUGAUGGGGGAAUUGAUGCAGCUUCGCGCUAGCCCAGCUGCGUCCAGCUCACGCACAUCGGCAAGCUCCACGAAGCAGAGUAGCGACUCUGCACGGAAGACUGAAGGGGCUGCGGAAGACGCCUGCAGUGGAUCUAAGAGGGAUCCAGCCGCUCGCGCAGCGGCCAUGAGGCUAGCCGCGAACCCGCACAUUGUCCCCUGGCGCGGCGACUGCGACUUUCCCCGUGUCUUUAUGCACCUGCGUGAGGUGCGAAUCGACACCAGCGCUGAGACCCCGAGCAGCGCCUCUGAAGGGGUCUAUGCGCAAGGCUCACACUCUAUGCCCCAUGGCGCCACAAUGGCCUUCAUAGGCAGCCACCACAGCGGCAGCGCUUCACCAGAGCAGAUGCAGGCACAGCAGUUUGCACAGGCACAGGAGAUUCAGGUGCACUGCCGCAAGUGUUUCGAUGGUCUCCUGCAGAAGCAGCUGAACGCCUCAUGCAAGUCUCGCCGGAUGGGCUUACUAGAUGGCACUUGGACUCCACAGACAGAGUACUUGUGA